AUGGCCAACGACGAGUACGAUUUCCUCUUCAAAGCUCUCGCUGACUCCUGGGCGAUUCCGUCACGUGCAGUCGUGUUGAUCGGUGAUUCGGGUGUCGGCAAGUCCAACCUGCUCAGUCGAUUCACGCGCAAUGAGUUCAACCUAGAUUCCAAAUCGACUAUCGGCGUCGAGUUCGCCACACGGUCGAUCCAGAUUGACGGAAAGACAAUCAAGGCUCAGAUCUGGGAUACGGCAGGGCAGGAACGGUACCGCGCCAUCACCUCUGCCUACUACCGGGGAGCUGUCGGCGCGCUGCUCGUCUACGACAUCGGCAAGAGCUCGUCUUUCGAGAACGUAUCCCGGUGGCUAAAGGAGCUACGCGACCAUGCCGACAGCAACAUUGUUAUUAUGCUUGUCGGCAAUAAGACUGAUAAGCGGCAUCUGAGAGCUGUGUCGACCGAGGACGGCAAGGCCUUUGCCGCCGAGCACGGGCUGUCGUUUAUCGAGACCUCGGCCCUUGAGGCCACUAACGUAGACCUGGCCUUUCAAGAGAUUCUUACCUCCAUCUACCAGAUUGUCUCCAGCAAGAGCCUGGCGGAGGAGGGUGACGUGAGCAAGAAGUUCGACCCAAGCCAAGGCAACAACAUCUCCCUGAGCCAGGAGAAAUCACAGGAGGAGCAGAAGGGCUGCUGUUAA